AUGGCGGCAUCUCCCCAAUUCUCCAUCCCGAAGGAAUACCAGAAUGAGCUACGAUAUGUCGACGCGCUCGACAAGCACUCUGACGAAGACAUCCUCCGCUCAUUGGAAACCCACCGACCCGUCACGUCUGAGAAGAAUAUCUGGGCGUUCUGGGCCAAAGGGCUCCGCAGCAUGCCUGGGUGGUGCCAACGCAACGUCAUCAACUGGGUUCGCUUGUGUGGACCGAGCUGGACGGUUCGAGUCCUCGAUGCUAUUCCCGACUCGCCAAAUUAUGCGCUCAACUAUGUCUCUGCCGACCUCCUGCCUCAGUCGUUUGUCAAUGGCACCAUGACCAGGGUGUACGUGGGACCCCAUAGCUCGGACUUCCUGCGCGGUGCGUGCCUGUAUACCCAUGGAGGAGUGUACAUGGGCGUCGGGAUCAUUCUCAUCCGCGACCUCGACCGGAUCUGUUGA